AUGGGCGUGGAGAGCGGGAAGAACGGGCUUGCGACGUAUUACCGAGGAGCAAUCGAGCAGAUCGAUGUCAACCUCAGAGAGAAGACCAAGAAUCUUCGUCGGCUCGAGGCUCAACGAAAUGAGCUGAACGCAAAAGUGCGGGCGCUGAAGGAGGAGCUGCAGCUGCUGCAGGAGCCGGGGUCUUAUGUGGGUGAGGUGGUCAAGGUCAUGGGCAAGACCAAGGUGCUCGUUAAGGUGCACCCUGAGGGCAAGUACGUGGUGGACGUGGACAAGGGCAUCGACCUGACGAAGCUGACGCCGAGCACGCGAGUGGCACUGCGCAACGAUAGCUACGUGCUGCACCUGGUGCUGCCCAGCAAGGUGGACCCGUUGGUGUCACUCAUGCGUGUGGAGAAGGUGCCCGACUCCACCUACGACAUGAUUGGCGGCCUGGACCAGCAGAUCAAGGAGAUCAAGGAGGUGAUCGAGCUGCCCAUCAAGCACCCGGAGCUCUUUGAGAGCCUUGGAAUUGCCCAGCCCAAGGGAGUGCUGUUGUAUGGGCCCCCCGGCACGGGCAAGACGCUGCUGGCGAGAGCGGUGGCGCACCACACGGACUGCACGUUCAUCCGCGUGUCGGGGUCAGAGCUCGUGCAGAAGUACAUUGGAGAGGGCUCUCGCAUGGUUCGCGAACUCUUCGUCAUGGCCAGGGAGCACGCGCCAUCAAUCAUCUUCAUGGACGAAAUUGACAGCAUUGGGUCGGCGCGCAUGGAGUCGGGCAGUGGCAACGGGGACAGCGAGGUGCAGCGCACCAUGCUUGAGCUGCUCAACCAGCUUGACGGCUUCGAGGCCUCCAACCAGAUCAAGGUGCUGAUGGCGACCAACAGGAUUGACAUUUUGGACCCGGCUCUGCUCAGGCCUGGACGCAUCGACCGCAAGAUUGAGUUUCCCAACCCAAGUGAAGAGUCUCGUGUGGACAUUCUGAAGAUCCACUCUCGCAAGAUGAACUUGAUGAGAGGCAUUGACCUCUCUAAGAUAGCUGGGAAGAUGAAUGGAGCGAGUGGUGCUGAGCUCAAGGCUGUUUGCACGGAAGCUGGCAUGUUUGCACUACGGGAGCGAAGGGUCCAUGUGACACAGGAAGAUUUUGAGAUGGCAGUGGGGAAGGUCAUGAAGAAGGAUUCGGAGCAGAACAUGUCUCUGAAGAAGCUGUGGCUCCCCAGGAGCCUCGGCUUGGCGAAGGAGACGUGGACCUUUCGCAUCCAGUCCAGGGAGAACCCCCUCGUUGGCCCCUGGAGCGCGACAAAUCUCAAGGCUUGCGUGGCUUCCCCGAGUGACCAGUUGGCUGCCCCUGCCGUUGGUUGGCCCACCUCCCCGUUUUAUGACGUCCAUGCCCAGCUCUUUGAGAGUCGAGAGAUAGAAUUUGUAGACCGCCAUCACAGAAUUGUUCGUGACUUACGUCACGGCGCCAUGGCUCUCGCGUGCUCCAUGUCGUCAGCAACGUCCACAUUGAAGCUGUCCCUCGCUCCUCUCAGAACAGCCGCCACCACACGCCGAUGCACCGUCAUCUGCCAAGCCGAGCCCAUCCGGCGACCAGGUCCCGUCGCUCCGCAAUCAGCGGAUGCUCCAACAGCCGCGGCUCCUGCCAGUCCAGCGUUCUCCGCGGCUGCGACGGUUCCGGCUGGCGUGACAGUGGAGUAUCAGAGGCAGGCGGCGAAGGAGAUGGUGGCGUACUUUCAGGAGAAGAAGUACGAGCAGGACGUGCGGGACGGGAAGGUGCUCGGCUUCACCACAAAGAACGAGAUUGGCAACGGACGCUGGGCUAUGUUUGGUCUGGCAGUCGGUCUGCUCACAGAAUACGCCACAGGGGUGAACUUUCCAGACCAGCUCUACAUUCUGCUCUCCAAUUUUGGCAUUGUUGAUUAG